AUGGAUCAAGAACUAGAGGCGCUGACAAGGAACAAUACAUGGGUCCUGGUUGAUAAACCACCUAAUAAAAACCUAGUUGGUUGUAUGUGGGUCUACAAAGUCAAGCACAAACAAGAUGGGACAGUAGAACGAUACAAAGCAAGACUGGUUGUGAAAGGUUACACUCAAAUAAAAGGUAUUGGCUUCAUGGAUACCUUUUCCCCCAUUGCAAAGAUGACCACUUUAAGAGUUGUGUUGGCUUUGGCCUCUUCCAAAAAGUGGUUUCUACACCAAUUAGAUGUAGCUAAUGCUUUCUUGCAUGCAAAUCUAGAAGAAGAAAUCUAUAUGGCUUUACCGUAA